AUGUCUUCUAUAGAUAAUUCAGCCGCCUCUACCAGAACGGCAUGUUUUACAUCGUGUGAAAAUACAGGAAAAUGUGCAUCUUCCAAGAGUGAAAAUCCCUCUGAUGAUGCCACCGUCAGUUCUAGUUUUGGCUACUGGCGUGUUCUGCUGAAAAAAUGCAGCGAAUGGUUGGUAUUCAUACCCUCAAAGUCAUCAUUCUUGCCUAAUAGUGCAUCGAGUGCCUCAAGUGACAAAUCCCACAAUUACGAGUUCAUGAAGCAGUCAAACUACAUAUUCUUGUGCGGGGGCCAUCUCCGCACGACGAGAAUAGUAAGGCCCAAUUUCACAAGUUACGGACCGAAGUUUUCGAUGCUGCCAUUCACAAUUUUAGCAGUUACAUUUCCAAUAGUGCUCUAUUUGGUGUUUGAGGCAGCCUGGCUGUGGAAUCACGUGUCCCCAGCAGUGGUAGUAGUCUUCUGCUACUGCUGGUGUGUGCUUAUGAACUGUCUUUUACGUGCUGCACUCAUGGACCCCGGGGUUUUGCCGAAAAAUGUUCAUCUGGUUGAUAAUGUAGCGAAAAAUGGCCUUCCGGAGGAAUACCACUCGUGGAUACAGAUGCCGGGGCCCAGAAUGGUGCAUGAUGCAAAGAAACCAGAUGCCAAGAAAACUCCUGACCCCGUUUCGACACCCGUUUAUGCCAAAUAUUGCAACUCCUGCUUCAUUUGGAGACCUGCACGCGCAUCUCAUUGCUCAAGAUGCAAUGUUUGCAUCGCCAAUCUUGACCACCAUUGUCCGUGGCUUUCCAACUGUGUUGGCCAACGCAAUCAUUGCUACUUUAUUGGUUUCCUCGUGUUCGCGUGCAUCGAAUGCUCAUUUCUUGCCGCUUCCAGUUUCUAUAUUGUAGCUGUUAAGUCUGCAAAUCGUGCACGGAUGUCGUUAUUCCUCGGAAUAUUUGCCUGUCUUGGGCUUCUCUACCCUCUCCUACUCCUCAUCUCGCAUCUCUUGCUUGGAUUCUUUGGCAUUACCACUCGAGAAUAUCUAAAUACCGAACGGCAUAGUGGAAAUAGCCAUUUUAAGGAUCUUUGUCUCAGUCCAUUCAAUUUGGGAAGCCCUACAACUAAUUUUUACCACCAAUGGUUUCGUCCAAGAGGAGCAUCCAACUUCCGUGUUCUUUCAAGGCGCAGACUUGAUGACGGACGCCUGGAUCAGGUAGUAAUAGGUGGUUUGGAUGUCUGA